AUGCUAGUCUCAGAGACUGCGAAGUGUGGUACUACUGCACUCCCACCACCGCCAAGAAGAAGAAUGUCCAGCCUCUUCUUCUUGUCAUCCAACAAAAACCUCUCUUCUACUCACUAUUCACUUUCAAGCUCUUUUGCUGGUACCACCCCUAGCCGCACCUUCUCCUUGUCGAUGAUGGAAGAAAACAUUGAAAAUGCUGAGGCCAUCAUCACCAAAUGGGAUCCAAGUUCCUCCUCGUACACCAAGCUCACCUUUGUCUUCCAGCAAAGCAGGAAAGAAGCCAAAGAGUUCCUCAAAGCCAUCAAAUACUUGCGUAGUGCUAUGCAUGCUCUACUUGGCGAAAGGUUUCCAUCCAGCAAGCUUGUGCUUGCUCAAAAUUUAAUGCAGAUAGCGAUGAAAAGGCUUGAGAAAGAGUUUUACCAGAUAUUGUCUACAAGCCGUGAUCAGCUUGACCCCGAAUCAGUUUCAAGUCGAUCCUCAAGCAGGACAUGUAAAUUUGAUGAUGAAGAAGAGGGUGAGGCCAGAUCAGAAGAUGAGCUGGAUAUUGCUGGCGAGUCAAUUACAGAGGUUGAGAGAGUCUCAGUACUUGCCAUGUCAGAUCUGAAGUCAAUAGCUGAUUGUAUGAUCAGUUCUGGCUACGGUAAAGAGUGUGCAAAGAUAUACAAGGUUAUCCGAAAGUCAAUGAUCGACGAGGGACUAUAUCACCUUCGAAUCCGGCAGUUCAAGUCUUCUCAGAUUCAUAAGAUGGAUUCUGAAGCACUCGAAAAUGAAAUCAACAACUGGAUGAAGGCUGCAAAGAUUGCUGUGAAGACACUUUUUCAAGGAGAGAAAAUUCUCUGUGAUCAUGUGUUUUCAGCAUCUGAGACCAUCAAAGAGUCAUGCUUCUAUCAGAUAACCAAAGAGGGCGCAACAACCCUAUUCAGUUUUCCUGAACUCAUUGUGAAGAACAAGAAAGUUCCAGAAAGAAUUUUCGGGCUAAUGGAACUCCACGAAGCAGUCUCUGAUCUGUGGCCGGAGACUGAAUCAGUAUUCAGCUCUGAAUCAACCUCAGCUAUCAAACUUCAAGCUCUUUCAUUAUUGCUCAAACUUGGAGAUUCUGUCCGUUCUCUUCUUUCUGAUUUUGAAUCAACAAUUCAAAAGGACUCUACAAAAGUUCUAGUCCCCGGGGGCGGGAUAUACCCACUUACUCAAAAAGUGAUGAACUAUGUAACUUCACUAGCAGACUACAGUAUAAUUCUCAGUGAUAUUCUUACUGAUUAUCCACCACCAGCAAACUCCUCAUUUCACGAAACCUCCUUCAAGAGCCCAAUGUCAGAUGAAGGUUCAACACCAGCAGUGUCAGUACACCUAGCUUGGCUCAUUUUAGUUCUUUUGUGCAAACUUGACAUUAAAGCUGAGAUUUACAAAGAUGUGGGUUUGGCAUAUCUCUUCCUCGCCAACAAUCUUCACUUCAUUGUUGAGAAGGUGCACCAUUCACCCAACCUGAAACUCCUCCUCGGUGAAGACUGGGUAGCUGAACACACGAAUAAGGUUAAACUAUAUGCUUCAAACUACGAGACCACAGCCUGGACAAAGGUCUCAUCAUCAUUUCCAGAGAAGUCAUUCGAAAUGUCUUCUGAAAUGGCAAAGGAGUGUUUUAGAAGAAACUAG